CAUGUCUCCGUGUCUGCUUUUAUCACUUUGGAAUUAAUUUGUUCAACAUUAUCAUACCUUAUCGACAACUUAUAUGUGAACUAUAAAUUUUGGGUGGUUUUUGAUUUAGAGACUUAAGAUGGAAAUUUUGAGUCAAGUGUCUAACACGCAGUUUAUGUUCACUGCUGCGGCUGUGGCUGUUGUUUUAGUAUGCGCAGCGCUCGUAUUCGUAUUCGGGUUCCGCUCAGCAGAACAGCCGCAGUUCGAUAAGCUGCCUCUGGUCCUGGACGAUAGGAAAUCGUCCAAUAAGAAGAACAAAAAGAAGGACAAGAAAUCUUCACCCAACCGCACUGUGUCUGAAGAUGUGAAGACAAAGUCUGAAAGCUCCAAGAAGUCUCCAGCUAAGGAGAAAAAGGAGGAAAAGGUGAAAGAAGCAGAGAAACCCAAACCUAAGGAGAGACCAGCAGAGCCCAAGCCUGUGAAGAAGGAGGCUGCAGCUGAUGCCAAGAAGGUUAAGAAGAACAAGCUUGUAGUAGAGGUUGAGAAGCCUGCUGACUUUGAUGAUGGAGGCUGGCAAGAAGUGCCAAAGAAGAGUGACAAAAAGAAGGAGAGGAAGCCUGUUGAGGAGAAAGAUAAGAAAAAGGAAAGUCCUUCUAAGAAGAAUAAGAAAGUGAAGGAUGCUGAUGUGGAGGCUGCCCGCCCUGUGGAGGAGCCAGCCGAGGAGACUAUCAAGGUCCUCAGUGCUGAAGGGCCACAUGUUGAUGAAGAUGCUGCCCGCGCACUGCAAGCUCAAGUGGAGGAGCUCCAGCGUGUAUUGAAAGAGGCAGAGCGUCGUGAGCAAGCCGCUCUGGGCAGUGUUGAAGAUGAUGAGUCCGCUGAUGUUGAGGAGCUAACUGACGUGAAGGAUCUCAGAAGCAACAAGAAGAAGGAGAAUAAAGAAAAACAGAUCAGAAAGAAAUCCGUUGAGAUUUCAGCAGCUAAGAGUGUGCCGAAGCAAGAGUCCGUUGAAAAGGACACCUCUGACUCUGAGAAACAAGACAACCAAAGUGCAUUGGCCUUUGAUGAGUUAGGAGACACCUGGACUGACGCGAAAGUGUCCAAAAAGAGCAAAAAGAAGGCUCGCAAAGACCAGUGAAGGGUGAGUCGUAGACACAGGGUCCAGCCGGGCGCUCCGCCCCGUUGCUAGCUCAAUGCCACUCACACCUGAUAAAAUUACCUGCUGCUGCUAACAUACUCCAAGUGAACAUAGUUAUUCUGUUGCCAUUCAUACAAAACCUCAAUUCUCUUGAAAGUCUAAAUUACCACUCAGUUCAGGGUUGUAGUUUUACAGGGUGUGAAAGUUGUUUAUAUUUAAGUUUUAAUACCUUAACUAUCUUACACAUUCAGUUAACUUUCGUCCAUGUUUUUAGUUUCAUAUUUUAUUGUACAUUUAGCUCGUUGACUUGUUUUUUCAUAAUAAUUUAAUUAUUGUUUUCAAUAAUAGAGCAUAAUAUUUUUUUUAUGAGUCAUAAUUCAUUAUGUAUUUCGAGAAGUUUAAUGUGAAUUUUGGGAAUCUGCAAUACGUUGCGUGUUAUACUUUGUUAUUACUUGAAGAAUGCGAAUUCGAAAUAUGCUGGGACUCGUGUUCUCGACAAAAUAGUUGUUACCUGCGCGCGCGAUGACUUCUUUCGACAUAAGGAUUUUGAAGUCUUACAACGAAGUUCUUAAUCGAAUAUUCCUAUAAUGGAAGAUAUUCAUUUUCUUCAAUUAUUUUUUGGUCUAUCGCUUUCUUUGAGAAUGCUUUUAUUUUCUAAAUUCAGUUCCUUUAUGUUGAAAGAUAAUUCUAAAUGUGACAGCCCUGAUCGCGCGUGUGUAUUGUAUUAUACUUUAUAUAUUUCCAUACCUAAUGUAGACUUAUAAUAUUAUACCUGUAGUUGUAGUACUCUAUAUCCGGUAAUAAUAUAAUUGAGAUGUUCUGGUGCUUGUAGUAAAUAAGUGUCUUCUCUCCUUUCAUUCCAUUUGUGUGCAUUUCAUCCUUCAGUAAUAGUUGACAGUAGAUGUUAUUCCUGCUAAACAUUACUUUGAUAACAUCACCUGGUUUAUGAAAUUUAGUUGAACACCAACUAAUUGUUUUAUAUUAACAGUGUUGUGAUUUACCCAUGACAAAUAUGUGAUGAGACCUGAAAUUGGACCAAUCCGAGUAAAUACGCGGUUUUACGUCGUAAUGUCUUAAAUAAUAAUGUUUAAAUUUUAAAUUAAUGAUUGGUUUGUGUUUAUGCAAUGUAGUAGCGUAAUCUAAUGUUAAAACUAUAUUCCGUUGAUAUGCACAUUUACAUAGACUUGAGGAUAUUUUCCGUCCGGACGUAUUGUGCUUUUUCUAAAGCUUAGCACGACAAAAUGAAUUUUAUUCCUUUAACAUAAAUAUUAUAUUAAUUGAAUCAAUACUACAUAUCCAUGUUGCUAAGUUUAAACUAAAUAUUAUAUCCUACUGUAAAAAUCUUAAGACAGUCAUUGUUUGUUACGAAUGUAACAAUCACUAUUUUAUUGCAGAUUCCUAUUUUGUAAACCUAGUUUUAAGAAUAAUUCUAGUGUAGUGCUGCUAAACAAUCAUUUUAAAAAUUGAAAUGUCUCUGAAUGCAAAUAAUUUAUUAUAAUAAUUGUUAAAGAAUAGGGUAAAAUGCGAGUUUGUCUCCGUGUGGUUAGGUACGUAUAUGCUGCUAACGAAGACAAAAUCUGUGUACACACGAACACAACUACAAUACCAUUCGUUGGACAUCGGCUGUGACAUGUUUUAUUGGCACAUACUCACAGCUAAUGACGUAUAUGCCGAUGUAUCUCAAUGAAACUGAUGUAUCUACAAGUAACUCUCGCGAAUGAUCUUUAUUUCUUCAUUUCAUCUACCUGUAUAAUUUAUUUAUAUUUGCAUGUUCUAUAUUACUUUGUGAUAUCUACUAGUGCCAGGGCAAGGGUCUGUAGUAUUUCGUUGCAAUAGUUAGUGAUAGUGUUCUUACUACGACUUCUCUGAUAGCACUUAAAUUGUACCAUCCAUUUCGUUGUUCCGUAGUUAAGCAUAUCGUAGGAUAUUUUUUUCCAGUUGUGGUUCCAUAUCUUCUUGAGUUUCCUUAUAGAGUAAUUCAGUACUUAGGGCCUACGUUUAUAAGAAUUUAUCAUCUAGUGAACUGUCGAAGAUGAAUUAAAUUCGUAUAUCGAUAUAGGUAUAAUGAUGUAAAAGAUAUUUUUGGCUUCAUAUUCAUAAUAUGUAGUUUGUAGUGGGGGUUCCCGCGCCUGCGCGAGCCAGGUGUGGACAAUGCCAACGUAUAGAGACAUUGUAUCUUGAUAAUGUUGUUGUUUUAUAGGCUCUAAACUAAUUAAUAUAAUGAAUGUGUAAUAUAAAUAUUUUUUUAAAAUCAAUAAAGAGUGAUAUUGAUAAA